AUGAGAACAUUGUUUAGGUGUUGGAUUGCGGCGAGACUGGCAUGGUUGGUUACCUGCGAGUUGAUACCAAUAGAUCUUUCUAUCUUUGGAACCACUCUAUACCGUGUGAUCGAUACAUCCGUAGAUUCGCUUGUUCGUAAUCAUGAUCGAAUGGCGGAAUUGGAGCCCUGGGAGUUGGGAAAUCUUGUUGGUGGAGAUAUGAGACUUCCAAGGCCUCGCUAUCAGAAUGCACUGGCGGGCCCUCCGGAUGCGGCGUACCGUUGGCCAAAUGCGACUGUUGUCUACUCGAUCGAUGGAAGCUUUAACUCGUCUGAAUUAGAGUUCAUCAAUGGAGCUAUGAGAGAAUUUGAACGUUACACCUGUGUUCGGUUUCGACGACGACGUACGAAUGAUCCCGCACUGGAUGUUGCUUACGUCUCAAUCGACAACUCUGACGCCGGCUGUUGGAGUGAUGUGGGGCGAGGUGUUGAACGAACCGUUGUCAAUCUUCAACCGGGAUGUGCCAACUCCCUAACAACACCUGUACAUGAAUUGAUGCAUACGCUUGGUUUCUAUCACGAACAUAAUCGGCUCGAUCGCGAUCGUUACGUUACGAUCCUUUACGGCAACAUGCUACCGGAUGAAUCUUUGCAGGGUAACUUCGAUCUUGUUGAUCCAAGAAGUACAACCACCUUCAACGUACCGUACGAUCUUGGCAGCAUCAUGCACUAUCGUAAGGAUGCGUUUUCGAAACGACCAACUGAGCUGGACACGAUGCGUGCCAAAGUGCCUUGGGAAGGGGAGCUGGGACAGAGGAACACUCUGUCGUGGUACGAUGCUUUGCUGAUCAACAUCAUGUACUGUGGUGUGCAGGUACCCCUGGAACCGCUUCCGAUUCCAUCACGCUGGAUACCGGCAAAAGCUUACGGGCGUAAGGAUCGAUUCCGAUAUCGGCGUAUAUUGCGAGACAGAGCUGGUUACUAA